UUCUCCUUCCCUUCUCAGUCCCUUCCUCGGAAGUAGACGUCCGUGUCUAUAUUCCGUUCAUUUCUUUUUUAAUAUCAGUUUGGAAGGAUCCCUUUAAUUUUUUAACCCCACCAAAUUUUGCGUCGAAAAUGGAGGCGAAUAUGGACGCUUAAAAAGAUGACGGAAUCCGAUCUGCUUCUUCAUUUUACCUCCGUUUAAUGGACCGGAUGAUCUGCGUUUCCCACAACCUUGCAGGGGAGGUAGCUGUAUCCAGUGGGGAGGUAGGCUUUUCCAGGGUUUGCGAUGAAGUUUGCCGAGCCCUUGGAGAGCCAGAAACUGUCGUCUCUUCUGGAGAGGGCAGUUUCUAGGGAAGCCGAACUGUGGAAGGUUUACGUGCCAAAGAAACCUACCAACCAGGAUACAGAUAUUUCCCCUGAAAAGCGUGAUGAGGCUGUUCGGUGGUUGAGGGAUGUGCAUUCCCAACUGAAGCUCUAUCCAGAGACGCUCUGCCUGGCCAUCGGCAUCCUGGAUCGCUUUCUCUCCGCCAUUAAGGCCCGUCCCAAGUACCUGCGCUGCAUCACCAUCUCUUGUUUCUUCCUGGCUGUUAAGACCAGCGAGGAAGAUGAGCGUAUCCCAUCUCUGAGAGAACUGGCCUCCAGCAGCAAAUGUGGCUGUUCUCCAUCAGAAAUCUUGCGAAUGGAGAGAAUUGUUCUGGAUAAGCUUAACUGGGACCUGCACUCUUCCACUGCACUGGACUUCCUUUACAUCUUCCAUGCAAUGGUUCUGAGCUGUAAGUCUGGGCGUCUUACCGGGGUGUUGUCCGUUCUCAACCCGUCACAGCACAUGGCGCUGCUUACCCAGCAGCUUCUCCACUGUCUGUCCCAUAAUGCCCUGCUGCAGGUGCGCGGUUCGGUGCUCUCCCUCACCCUCAUCACGCUAGAGCUGGAGAAAAUCUGUCCUGAUUGGCUUGCUCUCACUGUGGACCUGCUGUGCAAAGCACAGAUCGACAGUUCUCAGCUGAUUGGCUGUCGAGAGCUGGUUGCACGUUGCCUGUCCACACACAAGGCCUCCCUGCCUCCUAACACUGUUUACAUCUGUCAUGCUCUGCCUCACGCCCCAGAUCCUCGGGUAAAGGGAGACUUGUCCUUCCGGCAAGUCUCCCCCACUCCGACAGCCCCGGGCUGUGAUCCUCACCGACCCACUGACCCCGACACAACCCACUCUGCCACCAAGCUUCGGCUUCACGGCAAGUCCUCGGCCAAGCGUAAGGUGGAACACAUGGAGGUGGAUGAGUAUUUUGAUGGGAUCAAGCGCCUGUACAACGAGGAAAGUCCCCAGGAGGGGGCGCUCCGCUGCACGGGUGAGCCGGUGACCCGGCAGAAGGUUGGCUCCUCCCCCUGCCCGCCUCUUCAGCCUGUCAUUGAAACGUAGAGAAAACACCAUCUAAACAAUCACAACCGCAGCGACGGUGAUUAUCAGACCUCAGAGCAAAAGAGAGCCCAAAAAAUACUAACAAAACAUACUCUGCAUGAUGCCGUUUCCUAAGUAUUUAAUGAGCGUAAAAGGUCUUAAAAAAACAAGAAAAAAACAAUAUACAAGGAAAAAUGCUGCAAAAAAAGUAGGAAUAUUUUUCCUCCGUCUGUGGAGAAAAUCCUAUCUGGUAUUGUUGCUGUUUGUCUCUUUUUAUCUGUAUUUGCCAACAAUAGUUUUCUACUUCAUCCCUACAUUUUUAUUUGUGUCUUUUUUCCAAUUUCCUUGUCAAACAACCUUCAAUGUUUUUGAGGGCUGACUUUGACUUGAAGUUUUAAUUAAUAUAAUGUUAAGAAUAGCUGUGGUUGAAGAUGUAUAUUAGUUUCUCCAUUCUCCUGGUCCAUGGCUCGUCCUAAACACUUGUUGUUGUGUGUUUGUGUGUGUGCAUGUGCGUGUGUGUGUGUGCGCGCGUGUUUGAACUUGAAGAGUGGUAAUUUCCCUAUCACUUCUUUAUAGCUGAGCAUUAAUGAUAAACUAGUGUUAUAUAUGGCCUGACAUGAUUAGAAGAACUGUUUUUCACUUGUUCUAAACAUAAUGAUAAUGUAAUUGUGUUAUAUUGAGUAGAAGACAAUGCAAAAAUAACAUUCUGAAUGGAAAAAGCUUUAGACCUUCAUCAUUCCUUUGCUGUGAGUGUCAUCUGUUGUUUCUUCUGAAAGCUCUCUUGUGCUCUGAGGUGAUGAUAAUGCACUGGACUGCUGCUGAGAAACCUCCCAAUGCUCAAAUAAAUAAAAAUGUCUACUGAACACAAAA